UCAAAGUGAAGACUCGCAACUCUCCGCCUUCACGUUGUCCUCCGGCUCCAGACUGUCCUCAAGCUCCGUCCACAGGCGGAAAAAUGCGCAGGAAUAAAGCGCAACUCUUAACAUUCUGACGGACCAGAACACAGGCAGUUCACAGACGUCCCUCCAAAAUGGCCAAACAAAACCAGUGCCAUUAUGAUGAACUCAUGAGCUUCUUCUACAACAACAGCGGGGCCAAAGAUAAAUGGGCCUCCACCCAGCUUACCCUUGUCCAAGUGGUGGGCUCACUUUUCUGCUGCUUCAUCCUGGUCUCCAACGGCAUGGUCAUAGCUGCAGUCAUCACCAACAAGAGGUUCCACUACCCCUUCUACUAUCUUCUUUCGAACCUUGCUGCCUCAGACUUCCUGGCAGGUAUAGCCUACGUGUACCUCAUGUUUAACACGGGUGAGGUGUCACAGAGGCUCACAGUUAAGGGAUACUUCUUCCGUCAGGGUCUUUUGGAUGUCAGUCUUUCAGCCUCACUGGCCAAUCUGCUGGUGAUAGCCCUGGAGCGCUACAUCUCCGUCAUGAACUGGAAAGUCCACAGCAACCUGACCAAAAGGAGGGUAACCCUGCUGAUCGUGCUGGUGUGGGCCAUCUCCAUCUUCAUGGGAGCUGUGCCGAGCAUGGGCUGGAACUGUAUCUGCAACCUGGAGAACUGUUCUCAAUUGGCUCCCAUCUUCAGCAAGAGCUACCUGAUCUUCUGGUCCAUUUCCAAUCUGAUCAUGUUUCUGGCAAUGGUGUCCAUCUACGUGAGGAUCUACAUGUACGUGGUGAAAAAGACGUCAAUGCUCACUCCACACACCAGCAACUCCAUUAACCGCAAAAGGACUCCCAUCAAGCUCAUCAAGACGGUUAUGGUUGUGCUCGGGGCCUUUGUCAUCUGCUGGACUCCCGGCUUGGUGAUCCUGCUCCUGGAUGGUCUCAGCUGUGAAAAGUGUCAUGUUGUGGCAUUCAAACGCUGGCUGCUGCUCCUGGCUGUGCUCAACUCAGUCAUGAACCCCUGCAUCUACUCCUACAAGGACAAGGAAAUGUGGACAACCAUCAAGAACCUCCUGCGCUGCAUAGGCCACGGGACCCGCAGACAGCGGUCGUCAAGGGCCAAUGCCAGGCCGCUCAGCUCCGCUCAGGAUGCAGGCACCAGUCAGCCUCCGUCAGAUGAGACAAAGAGUGAAGAUCAGGCAAUACUCAAGACCUGAAAUUAGAGAACCACAAUCUGUUCUUCAGUGAACUUCAAAAUUUCCUCAUCCAUGUCUGGCUGGGUGGAUGUUAUGAAGAUAAAUGUGGGACUUGAUUUGAAAGACAAACCAGACUUAAUGAUGUGAGAUGUCACAUCAUUCUCCGAUUAAAAGUACUUGAUGAAGAGACGCUGCAGGGCAGCUGCUCCACGUUAGAGAUGACACCAACUUACAAUGGAGGCGUUUAAUGGAUUUUUAAUAGACACAAAAGUGUGUCACCUUUUCUUUCAGGUUUCAUCAUUUUUGGACACAUGACUCACAUUUAUAUCUGAAAGGAGACUUCCCGUAGCUGUUUUACCCAGUUUUGGUUGUCAUUUUAAUUUGUUUAUGCCAUUUCAAAUACAAAAAACUAAAUCAGGCUUUUCAGUAUAAACAUUUAUAAAAUUAUCUUCCUUAAAUUCAAACUCAAAGCAAAUCUCUACAGCUUGAUCUAAAUUAAUUUAAAAUAUAAAAGCCAAGAUGAUGGGUUGCAUACGUAAUGGGCCCCUUUGGUAUAAUACCUGUAAGGAAGGAAGUAUAUAUUAUAAAACACAAACGUGAAAUCUGUAUCAAUUCAACAACUGGUUGUUGCAAUUAAACCAUCUUGUAAAUAAUAAAAAAAGUAUCUUGCAAACACAGACAAACUAAACAAAUGAGACAAUUUAAUUUUACACUGUUGCAAAUGCACUCAGAGACUAUAUAUAUAUAUAUACAAUUGCAGCCAAAUGUAGAACAGCUUUGCAAAGUUACACAACGCAACAGAAGAACUCACAAAACAAACAGCAUUUUCUGCCUGGAGGACUUAACUGUCAGGCCGUUCUGUUCGUUCUGGUGCUCCACUCUCUAUAUCUACCUGGUUGGUAGAGCUGAGUAAGUUUUAUUCAUGAUUUUACUCUAACAUUAGGAGUAGUUUUGUUUUAUUUUAUUUGCAAUGCAGUGAACAGUCUGUUAAAGUGCUACAAGUAGAAACUUUGUAUUGUGUGUACUUCUGUUGUGUUGUGAAACUGUAGUCAGCAUUGAUGUGUUAGCAUGUGUUGACUGAAUUUAUAGCAGAUAUGUUGCUUAAAAUUUCCAUGUGCUUUAGGUUGUGUGUUCUCGGCGUUUGCAAGUGUUUUUAAUCAGCAAGACUUUUUUUGAUGCACUACCCAUUAUUGAAUUUUUUUUUGUGUGUGUGUGUGUGUGUGUGUGCAUGUGUGUGUGUAUUUGUAAAUGUUUUCUGCAUUUGCACCUGUUGUGUAAAGUUUGAUGUGUUGGGGCCCCUAUCGACCACUGCACAAAAUCCAAAUAUUCUAAGAGAAGCAUAUUUGACUGGAUGAACUAGUUUGAAGAUGCCACUUUAUUUUAAAUUCAUUUGACUUUUCAAAGCAGUAAAAAAGUACGGCAAAGUUCUUUUCUACUCUACACAUGGUGAUUAUGUCACCUCUUUUAACAAAAGGCUGGAGUAAUUUCAGCUGUCACACUGGUUUUAUUCACUAUUUAAACUCAUAAAAUCCAACAUAACGUGCAGUGAAACAGUUGUUAGUU